ACCACCCCACCUGCGGAAACCUUACCAGAAUCAACUUAACAAAAUCCUAACCGAAAUGGCGGAGCAAGCGGCAGCAGGCGGUAAUGCCACUGCUGCUGCUAACGGUAACGGUACGGCAGCCACUUCCAACGGUAGUACGGCAGCAGCGUCAGCACAGGAUGAUGCCGUACGGCAGCGCUUGCAGGCGGCUGAGGCGGAGUGGACUCCGCAAGCGGGUGUGUCGUACAGUCCGGUUAGUUCGGAGGAGCAGAAGAAGCUGGUUGCGGUGCUGGAGUCGCAGCAGCUGCUGCUGCCGCUACUGCCGGAGGAGGAGUCGGGAUCCGGGGGGCAGCUGUUGCCGUAC